GAAGUGUCAACAUUCAUAUGCAGCAAUGAAGGUCACAGCAGCGCUAUUCGGGCGCCGAUCUGUGUGGAAGGGGCCACACAUUGUCCCUCUCCCCAUCAUCCGAGCGAAGGCCGGCGAACGAACACCGCCAGUGAAAACACAAGCAAGAAGUGCGACGAUUCUACCAAACUUUGUCGGCCUGGUCUUCCAGGUCCACAAUGGCAAAAUCUACAACGAUGUGCGGAUAACGGAGGACAUGGUCGGACACAAGCUGGGAGAAUUUUCUGCAACUCGGAAGCGGUUCACAUACAAGCAGACGAAGAACAAGUGAUGGAGUGAUUUGCAUUCGGUUCAAAAGACAGCAUCGGUGACAGGCGCAUGAG